UUGCAAGGAGUGUCAGGCGUUGCUGAACAACCAACGCAGUUGCUAUUAUAAACUCAGUUGGAAAUGUCGAAUAUAUAGAAAUUACAGUAAUGGUGCAAGGACAGGAUGGAAAAAUUGGAUUGUCCAGAAAUGAAUACCUCCUUGCUGGUUCUGUUAGCGGUUUUGUUGCCCGGGCAGUUGUACAACCCUUAGAUGUAAUUAAAAUACGUUUCCAGCUGCAAAUGGAACCAAUAAAAGUUUCUGGAGCGAGCAAAUAUCAUGGUCUUAUACAAGCUGUCAAGUGCAUAAGCAGAGAAGAGGGCACCAUUGCCUUUUGGAAGGGACAUGUUCCUGCCCAAAUGCAAUCAGUUGCGUUCACUAGUGUCCAGUUUCUGUCCUUCGAAGUGAUUCUUUCGUGGCUGCAUGAAGUCGACAGUCUCUUCGUUUCAGAUAAUAAAAUAUUUGGCCUACCUAUUACCUACAAACCUAUUGGUAAUUUCUUGUGCGGAUGCGGAGCAGGCUCUUUAGCAGCUAUAGUCACCCAGCCACUAGACGUCUUACGCACACGUUUUAUCGCUCAAGGUGAGCCGAAAACUUACGGGUAAGCCUAACCAACAAUGAUGUCAUAAUCUCUCCGUUGACUUGUGUAACAAUAUAUUCAUUUUUUAUAGUUGUCCUUGGUCAAAUAUUU